CCCCGGGCGCCGGUGACUCCGCCUCUCCGUGCCGGGAGGCUCUCCGGCUGGAGCUGGAAAGGGAGCGCUUCCCCGGACUCGGCUCGGUUCUGAAGCUCUGAAGCCGACGCCGCUAGCUCAGGCCCGGGGGCGGGAGCUGGACUGCCCGCGCAGCCUGCGCCUGGGAGCCGCCGAGCCGGGAACGCCUCAUGGGACGCCCCCGGGGGCUCUCUUCACGUCCUGCUGCCGCGUCCCAGUCCUAGGCACCCGGGCUUCACAGCCCGCCCUGUCCGCAGCCCGCGGCCUGCCUGGAGAGGAGUAUGAGGCCCGGGGCCCCGCGGACGCCGGCCACAGGGCGGCAGGGGCCUAGCUUCAGACCCCUGUGCCCGAGGGCGGCGGGUGAGGAGCCGCGGGAGCCAGCGAGGCGUCGGGGCGCGGAGAGGAGCGCCCCAGCCCGGGCGCCCGAAGGGCCGCGGGACCCGUGUGCGGCCUGAGCGCCGACGAGGAGGCGGAGGCGCCCCGCCGUCCGGGCUCUGGAGGAGACGGCGAGGGGCUCCGCUGCGGCCCCUGACCCCUGGCCACCAUCCUCACGCUUCUGCUCCCGCGGGGGGGAUGUCGCGGCCCGGGCUCCGAGCGCCGCCCCGGCCCCUGGGCUGAGCUCCGGACCAUGUCCUCCCGCAGCCCCCGGCCCCCGCCCCGCCGCUGCCGCCGCCGCCUGCCGCGCCCCUCCUGCUGCUGCUGCUGCUGCCGCCGUUCGCACCUCAACGAGGACACGGGUCGCUUCGUGCUGCUGGCGGCGCUCAUCGGCCUCUACCUGGUGGCGGGCGCCACAGUCUUCUCGGCGCUCGAGAGCCCGGGCGAGGCGGAGGCGCGGGCGCGCUGGGGCGCCACGCUGCGCAACUUCAGCGCGGCGCACGGCGUGGCCGAGCCGGAGCUGCGCGCCUUCCUCCGGCACUACGAGGCCGCGCUGGCCGCUGGUGUCCGAGCCGACGCGCUGCGCCCGCGCUGGGACUUCCCUGGCGCCUUCUACUUCGUGGGCACCGUGGUAUCGACCAUAGGUUUUGGCAUGACCACCCCCGCGACGGUGGGCGGGAAGGCCUUCCUCAUCGCCUAUGGGCUGUUCGGCUGUGCCGGGACCAUCCUGUUCUUCAACCUCUUCCUGGAGCGCAUCAUCUCGCUGCUGGCCUUCGUCAUGCGCGCCUGCCGGGAGCGCCAGCUGCGCCGCAGCGGCCUGCUGCCCGCCACUUUCCGCCGCGGCUCGGCGCUCUCGGAGGCCGACUGCCUGGCGGGCUGGAAGCCCUCGGUGUACCACGUGCUGCUGAUCCUGGGCCUGUUCGCCGUGCUGCUGUCGUGCUGCGCCUCGGCCAUGUACACCAGCGUGGAGGGCUGGGACUACAUGGACUCGCUCUACUUCUGCUUCGUCACCUUCAGCACUAUCGGCUUCGGGGACCUGGUGAGCAGCCAGCACGCCGCCUACCGGAACCAGGGGCUCUACCGCCUGGGCAACUUCCUCUUCAUCCUGCUCGGCGUGUGCUGCAUCUACUCGCUCUUCAACGUCAUCUCCAUCCUCAUCAAGCAGGUGCUCAACUGGAUGCUGCGCAAGCUGAGCUGCCGCUGCUGCGCGCGCUGCUGCCCGGCGCCCGGCGCGCCCCUGGCCCGGCGCAACGCCAUCACCCCGGGCUCCCGGCUGCGCCGCCGCCUGGCCGCGCUCGGCGCCGAACCCGGGGCCCGCGACAGCGACGCCGAGGGCCGCCGCCUGUCGGGCGAGCUUAUCUCCAUGCGCGACCUCACGGCCUCCAACAAGGUGUCGCUGGCGCUGCUGCAGAAGCAGCUGUCGGAGACGGCCAACGGCUACCCGCGCAGCGUGUGCGUCAACACGCGCCAGAACGGCUUCUCGGGCGGCGUGGGCGCGCUGGGCAUCAUGAACAACCGUCUGGCCGAGACCAGCGCCUCCAGGUAGACCGCGCGCCCACCCGCCCGGCAGCGCCAAGGACCCUCACCAGGCUGGCGUGCCGCUGGGCGUGGUUUGCUUUCCAUCUCUCAGACCCUGGCGCUUUCUUAAUCUCUAUCCAAUAAAAUGAAACCAAAAAAAAAUUUUUUUAAAGAAACACUAUUUGGCCAGGCCUGAUGUUAUCAAGGGCAGGUUUUGGGGGAGCCUGUUUUCCUUGUGGGUCCCCUCUAGGAGAACCGUGGCCCCAGCAGAUUCUCCUCCAGGGAGAGAAAAAGUGGCACCCCAGACCCUCACCCGGUGCAUAUCGCAGCGAGGAGAGUGCCACCCCUGGGUUUUGCAGACUGGCACUAAACCCCGUCUCCAUGCACAUAAGCAGCCGGCGACCCCAAAGCAUAUGGUGCAACUUUUCAUGGCUCUGAAUUACCUCCGCAGCAUUUAGAAUCCUGGCCCAGCCUAGCAGCUUCCUUCUGGUCGUCAGAAGUGAUAUAGUCACAGUUUUGACAGGUGGGGGUGGGGAGAGCCAUAUGUUGCCUCCCGAUGCGUAUAUAUAGAACAGCCGCUACACACUGAGAAUGGUGUAGUAUUAUGCAAUGAGAUGAAACAGCACCAACUUGCGCACUGUGGCAUUUCCCCGAGACUUGGAAAUUGCAAUGGUAAGGGGCUUAGCUGGCCGUUCUCAGCCUGGAGUCAGUCCACUGAGCACAGCACACAGGGCAGCUACUUUUAAUGAGGGAAAGCCCAGGGUGACCUGCAGGCCGGGGAGCGCUCGGCUCCGGAGCCCUGCGCUGCUUCAGCCGGCUGAUCUCUGAGGCUGGGGCACAUCUCUGAGUCCCCCAAACCUCCUUUCUUUCACCAGCGUCAUCCACGGGAAGGCUUUUCAUUAUUAGGAACGUCCGAAUCUUCUCAGACAAGAGUUUUUGCUUGUGGUGGUGAGGACUUUUUUUCUUAACUCCCUUUGAUCAGUUCAACUUUUUCCCGGUUUAGAGGACCUGAGCGCAGAGCCCCCUCCCCCACUGCCGCUCCGCCUCCUCCUCCUCUGCGUCAGCGCCCUGGGUCGAUAGGAACCCAAAGCAACCUUCCUGCAAAUGUCAGAGAAUUUGGCUGCAGGGCCCGUGAUGUGUUUGGGACACAUCCCAUUCUAAACCCAGUUUGGCCCCCGCUGAGGGUCUAGUGAAUUUGUUUCUGCUACUCGCAGUCUGUAUUGCAGGUGGAGGAAGGCGGGAGGGAGGGAGCUGGGGGAAGCGGUGGAUGGAAGCAAUUUUAGGAUUAAAGCUUUGCUCUGGAUGGUCCUCAGGCUGAGGGUACAGGUUCUCCCAGAGUCGCCCUCUGAGGGCGUAGGGGUCACUGACCUGGAGGAAGGCCAGAUGCCGCCUUUAUUGAAAGGAUGUGGCUCUCGGACUGUAAAGGAACACCCUUUGGGCCCCUUUUUCUCUUCUGAAAAGAUGACAAUCCCAAGGACAAAUGCCAGAGUCUAGUCAUACACUAUGUGACCCACCGAUAUAUACAGCCUCUGACAGGAAGUCUAGAAAAGCACCAGACACCUCACACCGUCUGCCCUAGACGCAUAGAGAGCCGUGAAAUUCCCCUCCCUUGCAGGGAAAGACACUGUGCCUGGAAUGAACACACACACACACACACAGAGCAUUAAGAGUCGGGCUUGAAUGUCAGCCUCCUCUUUCCCCUUCCAGUUCAUGGCAGGAAGGAAAAACUAAGUUGGGAUCCGGGUGACUCUCCAGCUAAUUUGGAUCAUUUCUUUUUUGGCCGGUGGGGGGUAAUUUCUAAUUUGGGUUGGGAUUGGAUUUUAAAAACAGGCCCUAAUCUGGGGGUAAAGCCAGUGACGCAGAACUGGCCAGGAGAGAGGUCAGUCUUGCUGGAUCCUGAAGGGCAGACUUCCAGAGAGCCACACUUCCAGGAUCCACUGGGACUCAGUGAGGCCAGCUCCGGGAUCACCUGGGCUCCCGUCUGGGCCAUGGCUGCAGUCACGGAGGGAGUCACAUGGAAGGGACCGCACACUUUGAGAGGCACAUGUUCCCUGGGGCAGGGUCCUCUCACAGGAUCUAGAGAAAAAGUGUCAGUUUUCUCCCUUUGAAAGAAGGAAAGAUUAAAAGGCAUCCAAUUAGAGGUGUCACCUAGGCAACGGGAAAUAACUUAGGGAUCUGAGCCAUACAGAGGGGGAAGUAGAGAUCCCCAUGAUAGAGGCAUCUGGACUGUGAGGACUCAACAGCAGGCAAACGAGCAGCCAGCCCAGAGGAAGCGAGCCCCAGGAACAGCACGGGAGGCUUAAGGCCCAGCCAUGGAGGCUCCCUGAGCUAGACAGGCCAAAGAGAUGUCCAGGCGAUCCCACGGACCAGUGCACAGGACUGCGCAGAAUCCCAGCCCUGCAGGAGGGAACGGGACCUGCCUCCAGAGAAGAAAAGCUCAAACCUUCCUUGGCAGUCUUCUCUGUCAGCAGUGCUUCCUAAAGUCUAUCCUGAGUUGCUCAUGCUACAGCCUUAGCUGUUUUCACUUCUUUUCCUAUUCUUUGCCUUUGGAAGGAAGCAACUGCAGGCAGCUUGAAGGAGCCUCUGAAGGAAUCAUAAGCAUGUUUUGAGGGGGCAGGGAAGGGACCCUUCCCUCUCCCCAACCUCCCAGAGAAACACCAGUCCUCCAAUGUACAAUGGUAGUGCAGGAUCCAGUGGCACGCGUGUAUUUUUGCCCGUGUUCCCCAGGUCCCUCUCCCACCCCAAAUCUCAGCACAUUAUCAUCCUUCACCUCAGGCCAAAGGACUCAGUGCCCCAGAGGCCAGGGGCUGCUUCCCAGGAAAAGCCUGGCUCCCGAGGUCAGGGGGAUUGGUGGAGCCUGGACCCAGGCCUACAGGACUUGUUUGACAUCCUGCUUGCAGGUGAGCACUGAGAAUAGGACAGCUUGGCGAGCAGGGGUGGGGUCCUCUCAUCACUUCUGGAACAAUGGCAUUGAUAGGGACCCCUUUCUUUGGUGCAGGUUCUUCUGAACCUCAGGCUAAGAAAGGGCUCCACUCUCUUAAAUGUUGUGGCCUCUCCCAUCAUGUGGAGGUCUCCAGUUUGACCCACAGCUCAUAGCUGACUGCAGGCUCCAGCUCCCCCAGGCUCCUGGAGUUGCUUCCUAAACUUAGGCCGCCACUCAUCCCGCCCAUGCUGGGGCCGUGGGGCUCCCAUAAAGACGGCACAGGCUCUAAGAAGCCCUUGCCACUCAGCUGUGACCACACAGAAGCCAAGGUCUUGGCAGCAGCCAAGCCUUCUCAGAGCUGAGAAAGCAAGUAAAGAAGCCAUGCUCCGUGUCCUUGUUUGCUAAUAAGGCCCAGUGGUCAGGCAUCUAUGACCUCUGACAGAGGCCAGAGCCUCUAAGCCUGGAGAAGGAGUCAGAAGGCUCAGGCAGUCUCAUGCCCUCAGCUUGUGGACAAUGCCAGACAGUCCUGGGCAUUUGCCUAGGAGCACCACAUAUCCGCAUCAUACACACAUAUGCACACACACACACACACACACACAUCAGCCUUACAAAGAGCUACCAGCCCCUUUCUCCAAGGAAAAAUCCCAGUCGGGGCCACUUUAAGAAGAAAGACUUCCCAUUUUUAACUCCCUGGAGAUCUACUAGGGCCUGGAAAAUUCCUCUCUGCCUUGGGGGAGUUUCGUGUACACUUUGCAUGAAUUUGUGUUUUACACAGAAGCCAGCGUCCAAACCCAAGCCAAUCCCUGGGAAAUAGCUGCUAAAUUUACCCAGCUGCUCCGUCCCUCAGGCAGGCCUCCUGGCAGAUGCCUUCUUCCUGAGUGCUCUGAGGGAAGCGGGGACUGAGCCCUCAUGGCCAAAGGAGAAGCUUCUGGGGAGCUGAGGCAGACGGCAGCCACAGAGGCACAGACCACAGGAGCUGUGGGCCAGGUGGUUCCAUCUUACUGUAACUUUUUACAUUCUUAACAAACAAAAAGCACAAUUUCUCCUGCGUCCUGUCUGGAGAGCACGUCCAGGCAAACUGCUUAGGGCACUUCUGAGUGCAGAAGGGCGCGGGGGCUGGCUUCUUUGUUCCAGCAUGUGGUGCUGCAGGCUCCACACUCUGUGAGGAGGCAAAUGGGGAAGGGACGCUGAAACCACCCCGACCCCGGGACGGCUCAUAACUUGGACUCGGGGCCUGGACUCUCGCCCCUGGAGCAGCUCUGGCACCUCAGGCCCCGUGCCCAGCCAGGCUCAUUUUGUGCUGAGGAGCGAUGGGAUUUCUGCACUAACCCAGCCCAAGACCCUCUCCCCUUUUCUUUCUGCCUCUUCCCUCUCCUCCUCCUCCCUAGGGAAGCUCCCCCUUGCUUUACAAAUCAUUUUCUAUGCUACAUGUUCUCUCAGGAGCGGGUUUUGAGCAUGCGGGGCAAGCCUGCAGGGUUUCGUAAACAAUAUAUUUAUUUUUCUGAGUAGCACUUCAAGAGAGGGCUUGAAGGGUGUUUAAAUAAACGAUGAAUAAAAUGCAGCCUGCCA